AUGUCUGUUGUUCUAUUUAUUAUUUUCCUCUCCAAAUUCCAGCCUCUUUCUCUCAGUCCCUAACACCAUCACAUGCACCCGCGAUCCCUACGAUCCCUUCCCAUGGUCUCGACCCUGCACCCACGUCGCGCCUUCUAGAACCUUCCCUUCAGAUCUCAAUUGCCCCUUCCUUUCAUGCAAAUGGCUUCCACUCCCCGCACCGUCGAAGAGAUCUUCAAGGAUUACACCGCCCGAAGAACCGCCAUCGUUCGCGCUCUCUCUCAAGAUGUCGAUGAAUUCUACGGACUCUGUGAUCCAGAUAAGGAGAACCUGUGCCUCUAUGGACAUCCGAAUGAGACUUGGGAGGUGACUUUGCCUGCGGAGGAAGUUCCGCCGGAGCUACCGGAGCCUGCUCUUGGAAUCAAUUUUGCAAGGGAUGGCAUGAACCGCAGGGACUGGCUUUCUCUGGUUGCCGUGCACAGUGAUUCGUGGCUGCUUUCUGUGGCUUUUUAUCUUGGAGCUCGUCUUAACCGCAAUGAAAGGAAACGUUUGUUUGGCUUGAUAAAUGAUCUUCCUACUGUUUUUGAAGUUGUGACUGAGAGGAAGCCGGUAAAGGACAAGCCCACAGCAGACAGUGGAAGCAAAUCUAGGAGCAGCACCAAGGUUAGUGUUGUUAGAUCAAGUGAUGGGCAAGUUAAAAGCAACCCGAAGUUUGCAGAUGAAGGAUAUGAAGAGGAGGAUGACGAGCAUAGUGAAACCCUGUGUGGGAGCUGUGGCGGAAAUUACAAUGCAGACGAAUUUUGGAUUGGUUGUGACAUAUGUGAGAGGUGGUUCCAUGGGAAAUGUGUGAAGAUUACUCCUGCAAAAGCUGAGAGCAUAAAGCAAUACAAAUGUCCAUCAUGCAGCUUGAGGCGGGGCAGGCCCUAAGCGAGGGCAAUCUGAGAACUGAAUAAUACUGUUUCAUGGCCGACAAGAUACUGUUAUAUUGUUGCAUCUCCUACAGAAGUUUGUGUAAACAGUAUAGUAUCUAUGUCUGAUCAUAAUCUUUCAGAUUAAGUUAAUUUCUUCUACCCAGAUUAAUCAUCAGUGUAUGUUAUAUAAUUUAUAGAAUAGGAUACCUUACAUUCUAUUUUGUCGAUUAAUCUAUAUUUUGCUUGAAUUUA